CGCUAAACGGGAAGUGUCUGAGCCUGAACGUGGAUAUUUGUUUACAGCCGUCUGCACCUCGCUGGGCAUGUCUCCUUCAGCGGAAUACUCUUCAUAUUUAUCUCAGAAAUAUUUAAAAUAGAUACCUAUUUAUGCCGAUAUAGCUGCUAGCGUGCGUCGGUUACGUUUAUGCUUUAAAAUAAUGUGGAUAGCAUCCGCUAACAAGACAUGCUAAAGUUAUGCUUUAUUAGCUUGCUAAAUCCCAAGGUACGACUUGUUGGCUCUUUCUGUUAGUUAACAUUUACGUUUGCUAGCUAACCUGGCAGCUAGCUGGCACACAGACUGUGACCCCUCACAAGGGACUAGAUGAUGAUACAGAAUGACCAAAGUCCCGAUGCAUUAUGGCAUUGUCUGAAGUUUAUUGGGAUCACCACAUACCCCUGCCAAAGCUUCCUCCUGUCCAGGCCAAAGCCACUGUCGCCCUGGUGGCACUCCUGUGCUUCAUAAACAGUUAUGAUGGGGAGUUUGUGUUUGAUGACUCUGAAGCAAUUGUCAACAACAAGGACUUGAGACCAGAAACACCCCUGAACAACAUCUGGACCAAUGACUUCUGGGGAAGCAACCUGAGUAGCAAUUCUAGUCACAAGUCCUACCGACCUCUCACUGUUUUUACCUUUAGGUUGAACUACCUACUGGCGGGAGGCCUGCACCCUGUUGGUUUCCAUGUGUUGAACAUCAUCCUCCAUGCUGUCAUAUCUGCCCUUAUGAUUGACGUGUUUGCUAUACUGAUUGGCGGACUGGCUUAUGAUGAGAAGAGUAAGAUACUGAACUACGCUCCCAAGACCUCUCUGCUUGCUGCCCUCUUCUUUGCUGCACACCCUGUCCACACAGAAAGUGUGGCUGGUAUAGUGGGUCGAGCAGACCUUUUGUGCGCCCUGUUCUUCCAGCUCUCUUUUCUCACCUACUGCAAAGCUUUCAACAGAGGGAUUGACAGAGAUGACAGGUUUUCUGUCCAGUGGGUUGUGGUCAGCCUCUUGCUGUGUGCUGCAGCGAUGCUUUGUAAAGAACAAGGCAUCACAGUCUUGGGUGUGAAUGCAGCCUUUGAUGUCCUCCUGAUCUGUAAUGUUAAUGUGUAUGAACUCAGCCAGAGGCUACUCCUUAGGAAGAAUCCACUCAAUGUAAGUGAGAUGUUGCGAUCGGGACUGCUUACACGAUUGACUCUCAUGGGUCUUGGAGGACUCUCAAUGCUCUAUGCACGCUGGAGGAUCAUGGGAACAGGACCGCCAGCAUUCACUGAAGUAGACAACCCUGCCUCUUUCGCAGAAAAUUUAUUUCUCAGGAUACUGAACUAUAAUUACUACUACUCUCUGAAUGCCUGGCUGCUGCUGUGUCCCUGGUGGCUGUGUUUUGAUUGGUCCAUGGGCUGUGUGCCUCUCAUUAAGUCAGCCACUGAUUGGAGGAUGGUGUGGCUGCUGCUGCUCUGGUGUGUCCUGAUAGGCUUGAUAAGCCAAGCCUUAUGCUCACAGGACAGCCAGAGAAGGAGGACGUUGACCUUAGGUCUGGUGCUGCUGGUCGUCCCUUUCCUGCCAGCCUGUAACAUAUUUUUCAGGGUGGGUUUCGUUAUUGCUGAGAGAGUUCUCUACCUGUCCUCGUCUGGCUACUGCCUACUGCUGGCGUACUCGGUGGGACACUGCUGCUGCUGUUGGACCAAAUACAGGAAGCUGCUGUGUGCGUCUGUGCUUACACUUUUGUGUGUAUAUGUAGCUCGCUGUGCUCUCCGCAGUCACCAGUGGCGGUCGGAGCAAAGCCUCUUUACCAGUGCCCUGACUGUCUGUCCACUCAAUGCCAAGGUCCAUUAUAACGUUGGAAAGAAUCUGGCUGAUAGAGGGAACACUUCUGCUGCCAUCACAUAUUACAGAGAGGCAGUCAGGCUACAUCCUACCUAUGUCCACGCCAUGAACAACCUGGGGAACAUCCUGAAGGAAAGGAAUGAACUGAUUGAGGCAGAACAGCUCUUAUCCAAAGCAGUUUCUAUUCAGCCUGAUUUUGCUGCUGCUUGGAUGAAUCUGGGUAUAGUGCAAAACAGCCUGCAGAAGUUUGAGGAAGCAGAGCAGAGCUACUGGAACGCCAUCCGCUUCCGGAAAAAGUACCCAGACUGCUACUAUAACCUGGGACGCUUGUAUGCUGACCAGCACAGAUACGUGGAUGCCCUGAACGCCUGGAGGAAUGCAACAGUGCUAAAACCUGAGCACAGCCUGGCUUGGAACAACAUGGUCAUUCUACUGGACAACACUGGUAACCUGGGUCAAGCGGAGCUGAUCGGCCGGGAAGCUUUGAAGCUCCUCCCUAGCGACCACACUAUCAUGUUUUCAUUGGCUAAUGUCCUGGGGAAAUUACAGAAAUAUAAGGAGUCAGAGGGCUUCUUCCUUCACGCUCUUCGGAUCAACCCAAAUGGUGCUAGUUGCCAUGGCAAUUUAGCUGUGCUGUAUCAUCGCUGGGGAAAGCUAGAGCUGGCAAAGAAACACUAUGAGCUGUCUCUAAAGUUAGACCCCGAGGCUCCAGGGACCAGAGACAACUACAACAUGCUGCGACGCAAACUGGACCAGCUUAAACUGCACACACCCUGAGGGAGCCCACCAGGAUCCUUGCCUACCAUGAACCACAUUUCUCCAUUGUUCCAAUUGAUAUUAUUUUAUCACACUAAUUGCAGCUUUGUACCAUUUGGAAAUAAAAACCAUGAUUUGUG